AUGGGUCAAAUUAUAAAAGUAAAAUAUGAUAAAUAUACUCCACCAAAUGGUGGAUAUCCUCCAUUUAAACCAUCUGGUGCGUAUUCUCCAUAUAACCCAUCCGGUGGAUAUCCUCCAUAUAACCCAUCCGGUGGAUUUCGUCCAUACAACCCAUAUGGUGGAUAUCCUUCAUUUAAGCCAUCUGGUGGAUAUUCUUCAUAUAAUCCAUCUGGUGGAAAACCUUCCUAUAACAUCCCAUCUGGUGGAUAUCCUUUAUUUAACAAUCCAUCUGAUGGAUUUACUUCAUAUAACAACCUAUCUGGGGAAUAUCCUUCGUAUAACUCAUCUGAUGGAUAUCCUCCAAUUAAACCAUCUGGUGGAUAUCCUCCAUUUAACCCAUAUGAUGGAUAUUCUUCAUAUAACUCAUCUAGUGGAUAUCCUUCAAAUAACCCAUCUGGUGAAAAUCCUUCAAAAAACCCAUCUGGUGAAAAUCUUUCAUAUAACCCAUCUAGUGGAUAUCCUUCAUAUGACUCAACUGGUGGAUAUUCUGCAUAUAAAGGAAAUAAAUUAUCAAGAAUUGCAAGAAGUGUUUUGGAACAAGGGCGCAGAAUUUUGACACCAAAUUUAGUUUUGAUGGCACUGUUAACUGGUAAUGAUUAUGGCUCAGGAUUGUUAAAGUCGUUGAUUGAAAAUGCAGCAACUGGAGUUGGAGAAAUAGAAGCUUAA